AUCGAAUUUGUUAUAAGAGGGAAGUCAGCAAGCUAAGAUUUAUAUUCAUCCAUCCUCUUAUAUCACAUAAAGAAACUGAACCCACCUUUGUUUACCCCUUGCUCUCAUUCCAACCGUCUAAACUCUGAAGUUGUAUUCUUUUUGGGUUAUGGCGUCACACUUGACACUCAUUCUUCAAGCAAGUUAGGAGGGAUCGUUUUCAUCCAUGAAAUACACUCAUUCUUCAAGCAAGUGAGGGGGAUCAUUUUCAUCCAUGAAAUAUAUAAAAAAUGAUCUUCGAUGCCGAAUAAACAAUAAGUGGUUGAACGACACAUUUAUAACAUAUAUUAAAUAAUAUUUGCUAUAUAGUUCGAACAAAUAAUGUGUUAUUGAAUGCUUUCAAAACAUGAAAUCUCAUCGCAGCUCGUUGUAAGUCGCGUACAUCAAACUAUUUUGUAAUUAUAGGAAAUUUGGGCACUACGUUAUUGACUUCUUAUUACGUUUAGUUGACUUUUUUAUUACAUAGUUCAUUUUUUAUGAUACGGAAAAGGCACCCCCUUGGCCAAUUUUCUGGCUCCGCCACUGAGUGUAAGUGCUAACAAUGGGCAACUGAGGUAAGUUUUGACGCUAAAGUCAACUUUGAAAAUAUUCCCAACGACGCUCUCGGAUUCGGGUAUGAUAACUUCAACGAAGACUAUAAGUUCGUUAAGAUUUCGCAGUUGUUCAACAAACAAACUUUGUAUCUCGAAUCCAAACUAGUUUGUUAUGGAGUUAGGCUGAACAGUCUCUCAUUCGCGAAUUUCCCUUAUAUCCUAGAUUCAGAACCAAAACACUCAAUCGUUUCCCAUCCCAUUGUGUCAACCAAUGGCCAUUAACAGGUUACAGCUGUAAACAUACACCCAAAAGGAAACCCAGAAACAGAUUCUAACUGAAAUUGUGCCAACAAGAUCCUCAAGUGUAAGGGAAACCAAAUGCACUAACAAUGGGCAACUGAGGUAAGUUUUAACGCUAAAGUCAACUUGGAGAAUAUUCCUAACGACGCUCUCGGAUUCGGGUAUGAUAACUUCAACGAAGACUAUAAGUUUGUCAAGAUUUUGCAGUUGUUCAACGAACAAACUUUGUAUCUCGAAUCCAAACUAGUUUGUUAUGGAGUUAGGCUGAAUAGUCUCUCAUUUGCGAAUUUCCCUUAUGUCUUAGAUUCAGUCACAGGUGUGUUUGUGGGUACAACUAAUCAUUGGGUUUGUAGUCGUAGAAGAUGUUCUAACAACGGGCAACUGAGGUAAGUUUUGACGCUAAAGUCAACUUGGAGAAUAUUCCUAAUGACGCUCUCGGAUUCGCGUAUGAUAACUUCAACGAAGACUAUAAGUUCGUCAAGAUUUCGCAGUUGUUCAACGAACAAACUUUGUAUCUCGAAUCCAAACUAGUUUGUUAUGCAGUUAGGCUGAACAGUCUCUCAUUCAUGAAUUUUCCUUAUGUCCUAGAUUUAGUCACAUGUGUGUUUGUGGGUACAACUAUUCAUUGGGUUUGUAGUCGUAGGAGAUGUGCUAACAAUGGGACACUGAGGUAAGUUUUGACGCUAAUGUUAACUUAGAGAAUAUUCCUAAUGACGCUCUCGGAUUCGGGUAUGAUAACUUCAACGAAGACUAUAAGUUCGUCAAGAUUUCGCAGUUAUUCACCGAACAAACUUUAUAUCUCGAAUCCAAACUAGUUUGUUAUGGAGUUAGGUUGAACAGUCUCUCAUUCAUGAAUUUCCCUUAUGUCCUAGAUUCAGAACCAAGAACACCCAAUCGUUUCUCACCCCAUUGUGUCAACUAACGACCAUUAACAGGUUACAGCUGAAACAGACACCCAAAAGGAAACCGAGAAACAGAUUCUAACUGAAAUUGUGCCAACAAGAUCCUCAAGUGUAAGGGAAACCAAAUGUGCUAACAAUGGGCAACUGAGAUAAGUUUUGACGCUAAAGUCAACUUGGAGAAUAUUCCUAAAGACGCUCUCGGAUUCGGUAUGAUAACUUCAACGAAGAUUAUAAGUUCGUCAAGAUUUCGCAGUUGUUCAACAAACAAACUUUGUAUCUCGAAUCCAAACUAGUUUGUUAUGGAGUUAGGCUGAACAGUCUCUCAUUCGCGAAUUUCUCUUAUGUCCUAGAUUCAGUCACAGGUGUGUUUGUAGGUACAGCUAUUCAUUGGGUUUGUAAUCGUAGGAGAUGUGCUAACAAUGGGCAACUGAGGUAAGUUUUGACGUUAAAGUCAACUUGGAGAAUAUUCCUAACGAUGAUCUCGGAUUCGGGUAUGAUAAUUUCAACGAAGACUAUAAGUUCGUUAAGAUUUUGCAGUUGUUCAACGAACAAACUUUGUAUCUAGAAUCCAAACUAGUUUCUUAUGGAGUUAGGCUGAAUAGUCUCUCAUUCGCGAAUUUCCCUUAUGUCCUAGAUUCAGUCGCAUGUGUGUUUGUGGGUACAACUAUUCAUUGGGUUUGUAGUCGUAGGAGAUGUGCAAACAAUGGGCAACCGAGGUAAGUUUUGACGCUAAUUUUAACUUAGAGAAUAUUCCUAAUGAUGCUCUCGGAUUCGGGUAUGAUAACUUCAACGAAGACUAUAAGUUUGUCAAGAUUUCGCAGUUGUUCAACGAACAAACUUUGUAUCUCGAAUCCAAACUAGUUUGUUAUGGAGUUAGGUUGAACAGUCUCUCAUUCGCGAAUUUCCCUUAUGUCCUAGAUUCAGAACCAAUAACACCCAAUUGUUUUCCAACCCAUUGUGUCAACCAAUGGACAUUAACAAGUUACAGCUGAAAACAGACACCCAAAAGGAAACCCAGAAACAGAUUCUAACUGAAAUUGUUCCACAAGAUCCUCAAAUGUAAGGAAAACCAAAUGUGCUAACAAUGGGCAACUGAGGUAAGUUUUGACGCUAAAGUCAACUUGGAGAAUAUUCCUAACUACGCUCUCGGAUUCGGGUAUGAUAACUUCAACGAAGACUAUAAGUUCGCCAAGAUUUCGCAGUUGUUCAACGAACAAACUUUGUAUCUCGAAUCCAAACUAGUUUGUUAUGGAGUUAGGCUGAACAAUCUCUCAUUCGCGAAUUUCCCUUAUGUCCUAGAUUCAAUCACAUGUGUGUUUGUGGGUACAACUAUUCAUUGGGUUUGUAGUCUUAGGAGAUGUGGCAACUGCCCAUUUGGGGCAACCAGGCUUUCAAAGCAGACAACUGAGUCAAUGGAGUCCCCCUCCAAUCCUAUGAUCAUUAGUUCCUAAGCAGCAGAACUCUUGGGAUUCCCCACGUCACACUAGACAAGCCUAUCGCCCAACUCCUGCACAAGAAUAUGCUGACCGGUCGACGAUAAUCUUAGAUAUUUACACACAGGAUUGUGAUAUCUGAAUAAAUAUCCAACCUCUCUCGAGGGAAGUGGAACAGAGAACAUCGGUAUCCACGAAUUUUGAACUCCAUAUCUACACACGGGAUUGUGAUAUUCGACGAAGACUAUAUGUUCUCUGUUCCACUUCCCUCGAGAGAGGUUGGAUAUUUGUUCGGAUAUCACAAUCCCUUGUGUAGAUAUCUUGGAUUAUCGUCCACCGGUCAGGGUAUUCUUGUGCAGGAGUCUGGCGAUAGGCUUAUUUGGUGUGACGUGGGGAAUCCCGAGAGUCCUGCUGCUCAGGAACUCAUGAUCAUAGGAUUGGAGGGGGACUCCAUUGACUCAGUUGUCUGCUUUGAAAGCCUGGUUGCCCCAAAUGGGCAGUUGCCACGUCUCCUACAACUACAAACCCAAUGAAUAGUUGUACCCAGAAAUACACCUGUGACUGAAUCUAGGACAUAAGGGAAAUUCGCGAAUGAGAGACUAUUCAGCCUAACUCCAUAACAAACUAGUUUGGAUUCGAGAUACAAAGUUUGUUCGUUGAACAACUGCAAAAUCUUGACAAACUUAUAGUCUUCGUUGAAGUUAUCAUACCCGAAUCUGAGAGCGUCGUUAUGAAUAUUCUCCAAGUUGACUUUAGCGUCAAAACUUACCUCAGUUGCCCAUUGUUAGCACAUUUGGUUUCCCUUACACUUGAGGAUCUUGUUGGCACAAUUUCAGUUAGAAUCUGUUUCUGGGUUUCCUUUUGGGUGUCUGUUUUCAGCUGUAACCUGUUAAUGGCCAUUGGUUGACACAAUGGGGUGGGAAACGAUUGGGUGUUCUUGGUUUUGAAGGGAGUGUUGUUAAUCUUGAUAUCUCCAACAAUAGACGAUUCCCAAGUUGUGUUCUUUCAAUCAAUCUAACAUGUUUACCUUUCCAAGUUUUAACCCAUUUUUUCCUCUGCAAGUUUCCUUGUUAUAAGCUCUGCUUUGUUUUUCUAUCAUUCAUCCUUUCAAAAAACAAGAACAGAGGUUUUCAUACAUACAUGUUCACAUUUUCUUUCUUCUAUUGUCUAUCAAUUAACAUUUUCAUCAUACAUCAGUUAAUUUACGCUAAAAAUUGUUUAAACUUAUAAAACUACUCUUUGAUGAUGAAGAGCCCCCAGACUUUUUCCCCAAAUACACAUACAACUAAAAACAAUUCCUAAACUACCGCAUUUAUAAAAAAAUUUCGCAAAAUACCUAAGUUUGGAGUGUUUCGAGUUUAAGGAACUCGAACUACUAACUGGUCCGAGUGUAAGCUACUCGAUCUACACGUGGAUCGAUGAUGUAAGCCUCGAACCAUGUGGGGCUGAAGUGGUUCGUGUUCAGUGAACUCGAACUACUCCUUUGAACUUCCAACAAUCUUAACUUUGUGCUCGAUUAUCCAAUCAUAGCAACCAAAAAAAAAAUUUCAUUUCGCAUAACUUUUCGAGGACUAAAUAGAAAUAUUUUCAGAAUAUAUGUGGAAAUGUGAAAAUUAAAGUUAAAGUUAUUCCCAAAACCCCUUGUAUUAAAAAAUAUUCCUUUUUGAAAAUUUAUUCCUGGUAAAUGUUGUAGUACUAAAAAAAUUAUGCAAAAUAAAAUAAUAAAAAGUUAUGAUCCACCAAAGUUUGACAAAUUCAAAAUUUGCUAAUGGAAGUAUAUUGUGGUUUCUUGUUUGUGCCCCUUUUCCCUUUGUUUUCAAUCACCAUUUGUAUCUUCUUUGUCUGGACUUGAAUUUCAAAGUUUUCUCCAAGAAAGAGCAAAUAGAGUGAUUGACGAGUUUCAUGUAGUUUCACAUAUGUUGGAACAAAAACGUAUGUGUCAU